AUGUCGACCAUUCUCAGGAGCAUCAAGGCCCUGUCGCCCCUGCUCGACCGAGUGCUCGUCCAGCGUGUAAAGAUGGAGUCGAAGACGGCAGGUGGCAUCUUCCUCCCCGAUAGCGCGGUGAAGGAGUUGAAUGAGGCGAAGGUGCUGGCGGUUGGACCGGGAGCUAUGGAUAAGGAUGGCAAGAGGAUGACGAUGAGCGUCGCGGCUGGCGACAAGGUCCUGAUACCGCAGUUUGGGGGAAGCCCGAUCAAGGUUGGCGAUGAGGAGUACUCGAUCUUCCGGGACCAUGAGCUGCUCGCAAAGAUCAACGAAUAG